CGCUCUGCCAAGGCCUUGGAAGGCGGGGCAUAGAGUCAACGGCGCACGCCUAUCCAACCACGAGAGGGUCAGAGAAUGCCAUCACGAACUGUAUGCAAGUGAUCGGGUUAUCGGCGACAUCCGCGGAAAUGCGCGGUAGGCCGAGGUGUUGGACUCUGUGCGCUUAUAAAUCUUGACGACUCGUAACCCCAGGGAAUUCAGCAGAACAUGAAAUCAGUCGCGCUACUGACGGCUGUGAGCCUCUUGGCUCCAGCUCAAGCCGAAACUAUACUUGGCGUUACUGUUUUCUCGCGCCAUGGUGACCGAACUUCUAAGCACUACAAGGGCUACAACUUGACCAAUCUAGGACUUCAACAAAAUUAUGAUGUGGGACAGGACUAUCGUAGUAUCUACCUGAACUCGUCAUCACCUAAGCAGAUCCUCAACGUCUCAGAAGGCAAGGUCGUCAAUUCACAGAUCUACGCUUCUGCGCCGGACCAAGCCGUGCUGCUUAACACAGCUACGGCUUUCUUGCAGGGUCUAUAUCCACCCUUGGAGAACAUCGAUGAGAAUACUGCGACUCAAAGGCUGAACAGCAAUGAGCGCGUCAUAAAGCCUCUGGGAGGAUACCAAUACCUUGUAGUCCACGGCGAGAAUGACGACUCGCCUAAUACAAUAUGGCUCAAGGGCGACGAAGAAUGCCCAGCUGUUACAACCUCACUCAGGCAGUACAAGGAGAGCUCGGCUUUCAGGCAACGCAUCGACGAGACAAGGCCCUUCUACCAGUCAUUUUGGGAUCAGCUUAUUGGUGUAUACGACUACCAGCAAUCAAACCUCAGUUUUGCCAACGCAUAUGACAUCUUCGAUUUACUCAAUGUGGCGUCCAUCCAUAACGCCUCCCACAACAGCACGGUCUCAGCUGAGGACCUGAUUCGACUCCGCACACUAGCCGACGAGUGGGAGUUCGACAUGGCAUACGAUGCCGAGGACUCCGCGCGCUCCAUCGGUGGCCAGACCUUCGCUGGCGGAAUUCUCGCACAGCUCGAUGCUAUGGUUUCAUCCAAAGGUCGACAGAAGUUCUCACUUCUCGCGGGUAGCUACGACACAUUCCUGGCGUUUUUUGGACUGAGCAACUUGACGGCUGCAUCUGGUGACUUUUAUGGGCUACCAGACUAUGCUUCGACGAUGGCCUUUGAGCUAUUCACAUCGCAGGAUGUCGCUGCUUUCCCCUCCGAUGCAGCAGAUCUCCGUGUCCGCUUCUUGUUCCGCAACGGAUCCACGCAGGGUGAAGCGCCGACGGCUUUCCCGCUCUUUGGCGGCCAGGACGAGUCGCUCCCGUAUACUGAUUUCGUGUCGAAGAUGACAGAGAUUGCGAUUACAUCACCUGAACAGUGGUGCGGUACAUGUCAGAGUGAGGCAUUGUUCUGUCAAGCUUACAGCUCUCGCACCGCUGAGGCGCAGACGGGAGGUAGUGGCUCCAGUAUGUCAAACGCAGCCGCCGGCGCGAUUGGCGCGGCAGUGACAUUGGGUGUGGUUGGCCUUGCUGCGUUGAUCGUAUUCUUCGUCAGGAGGCGUCGGAAUUCGAAGGUUGCGACUGCAACUCACGCGGAAAAAGGCAGUGUCUCUAGCCAGGCGUCAGACGUGUGAGGGCCAACAGUUUCUAACACAUGUUGUAACAUGCAGAUAGGUAUCUGUGGACUUCACUGUCUGUUAGUAAACUCCUAAGCGAUUCGUACAUACUUCGAUAACUGCCAUAUUCGGAGCCAAUUCCUACCUGUGACACCUGGUCGUAGCAGGAGAUUGAACCCUGCAA